AUGACAGAAUCAUACCCUCCUCCCAGCUAUAGCCGGGAAAACUACGAUUCCUUCUUACCACCAUACUAUCCGUCUUCAACGGGCACUUACACAGCUACAACCAUAGCGGAAUCCUUCUCGCCAAAUCAACCCGCCUACGAGACACAGUCCCCCUACGCCAAUCAAUUCUCCCAGUUCUCCCCAGAAGCAUCGAAAAACCUCGUCAAUGCAUACGCCUAUGCCGUUCCUGCUGAGCUCUACACCUACGCCUACCUCCCCCCUCAACCACUCUACCUCGACCAACCCCCCUUUCCUUGGGCAGAGGCAACCCCACACCCCAGCCCAGACUCCCAGCAUAUAAGCCCCCAGGCUCUUGCAGCAGCAUCCUCCAAACCGCCAUCCCCGCACACCACCGACUCACCCCAACCAGACACCACCAAGCGACAACGCUACCUCCACAAGAACCGCGUGGCAGCGACGAAAUGCCGCUCCAAGAAAAAGCAGUACAUCCAGCAACUGCAAUCCCGCUUCGAGGACCUAUCGCUUGCGAAACGCGAGCUUCAGUGCCAGGUGCAGAUGCUGCGGGAUGGGUUGAUCUCGCUGAAGGAGGAACUGGUGCGGCAUGCAAGGUGUGGGGAUGGGCCGAUUACGAGUUAUAUUGAGAAGAGGAGGGCGGGGUGUAUUUGA